GUGGGGGCUCCCUCUCCAGGCAUGCGCGCUGGGCCAGUGGCGCGGCCCGUCAGGCACUGCGGUAGGCACCUCCGGGUCCGGGAGGACCCUGUCCCCAGCAUGGCGGCGCCCAGCGAAGUGGCCGCGGCAGUCCUCGGUGAAGGCGAUGGCGGGGGUUUUGGAUCCUGGCUGGACGGACGGUUGGAGGCGCUGGGAGUGGACCGAGCCGUGUAUGGCACUUACAUUCUUGGUGUCCUCCAGGAGGAGGAGGAGGAAGAGAAGCUGGACGCCCUGCAGGGUAUCCUUUCUGCUUUCCUGGAAGAAGAUUCCCUCCUUGAUAACUGUAAGGAAAUUGUGGAACGAUGGUCAGAAACACAAAAUGUUACCACCAAAGUAGAAAAAGAAGAUGAAGUCCAGGCCAUUGCCACCUUGAUUGAGAAGCAGGCACAGAUCGUGGUGAAGCCCAGGAUGGUUUCUGAAGAAGAGAGGCAGAGGAAAGCAGCCCUGCUGGCCCAGUAUGCAGAUGUGACAGACGAAGAGGACGAAGCAGAUGAGAAAGAUGAUCCCGGUGCCUCAACAAACAUCGCGUCUGACAAAUCUCUGUUCCGAAACACCAACGUGGAAGAUGUUCUCAAUGCUCGGAAACUGGAGCGAGACUCUCUUCGGGAUGAGUCCCAAAGGAAGAAGGAACAGGACAAGCUGCAGAGGGAGAAGGACAAACUAGCCAAGCAGGAGCGCAAGGAGAAAGAAAAGAAAAGGACACAGAGGGGGGAACGCAAGCGAUAACCUCGGCCCACUCUGUUCCUUCCACCCGCGAAUUGAUUGUGCAUCUGCAUAUUUAAGAGGACUGAGACUAAUGCAUUUCCCCAAAUUUCCUAAGGCUUUCCCCCUCUGUUUACAUGUUCAAAAGGAAAAUCACAAUCACUUGUAACUACAAAAUGUGCCAUGUUUGGUGGUGUGGGCAAUCAAUUCUAGUUAGUAUCUUUACCAAAGAUCUGGAAUUAGGGUAACCUUUCUAUUUUAGUACUGAAAUCCUGUGCUCUUCUGGCUUUUUUAAAAAAGGUCUUCCCUCACUUUGUAUAAUUAGCCAGAUUCAGAAAGCUAACAUCCUGAAGGAAACAUGAUCAUUCCUUCUGAGAUUUAAAAAAAAAAAAAAAAAAAAAAAAAAGAGAAGGAAAAAGUGCAAAUUGCUCCUGUGGCAAUAUUCGCCUCAAAAUGUAGUGGGUUUUUGUUUUGAAACAGGGUUUCAUUCUGUAAUCUAGGCUGGCCUUGAACUCGGUUCAGUGCCCUUGCCUCAGUUUCUCAGCCUUAGGAUUAUGACUUGUAGUAGCAGUAUUUUAUGGCCGAAAUAGCUAAUGAAGAACCCUACCUAGAUUCAGAUUUUAUAUAACAGGUUAGGAAAGUGGAAGGUGGUAUUUGGGGUGUGAUAGAUCUAGGCUUCAGCUGUAGCUGGGUUGAGUGCCUUCUUUGCACAUAAGGCCCUGGGAUUGAUCCCCAGUACUGAAGACAAACUUAAUGUAUGGGAGAAUCAAGUAUCUUUAAAAUAGAGAACUACAUACUUUUCAUUAGUCUAUGACUUAAGAAGGAUGUGUUGGUUUGAGAUAUAAGGUUAUCACUUAGUUUCCUUGAAUCCCCUCUUGAUUUUAUUCUUGAUUUAUUCUGCAGGUAUGUCCAAUUUUUUAAUAUUGUGGCAUAACUUUUUUUUAAAACUUGCAAAAAAAUCAUGUUUUUAAAGUAAGUUUAUGAUUUUGUGUUAGGCUGAAUUUACAGCUACCCUCAGCCACAUGUUAGACACACCUGCAACAUGAGUACUAAGACCUAAUAAUUCCUGGUUUGGAGAAACCGAAGGAAUUACUCUUUUAGAGAAAAACACUGGAAAUUUUGCUAACACAAGAUAUAUAGUUGGUGGUUAACAAGCCUAUGAAUGAGUGAGUGGACAAACUGAGAGUCAAGGGCGGGCAGACACUCCAGUCCUGUCACAGCCAUGCCCAGCUGUAAAUCAAGUCCUUCUUUACUUGACUUUGGCAACAGCUAUCAAAAGCCUCAAGAGAACAAUUUCUCUAACAAGAUACAGUAGAUAUUUUAUACCAGGGGUUAGAAGACUACCACUCACAGGCCAAGUUUGGCCCAGUCUUUUUUUGUACGGGGCAAACUAAAAUGGUUUUUUUACAUUUUUAAAAGGUUAUAAAAGAAAGACAUUCAUGAUUGAGACCAUAUGUGGCCUAUAAAACUUAGUACUUACUAGUAUUUGGAGAGUCUUCUGACUUGUUUUUGUAUCAUUAGCUACCUUUGUGCAGAAGAAAAAACAAACAUGGUUAAGGAAGGGAGAUAAUGCUGCCUCUUUAUCCUACAACCAUGGCACUGCAAAAAUAACCACCCUUUUCUUUUUUAAAAUAAACUAUUUAAAUCAGUGU